AAGGACGGAAUGUCCGCGGUUUACGGUUGUAUUCAAGAUGUCGACCUGUUCACACGUUGUGAUGGUCCUGGUGUUGGCCCUGUCGCCAGCUGUACACGGAGGUAGUGAAAUCAAAGCAAUCGUGAGCUUUUCUCCACAAAGUCUACAGGAGAGCCGUGACUGUCAUCUCCCAGUGACACUGUCCUUCACUAUCAGAGCAGGAGUCCAAGCCUACAAUAUCAACGUGACCGCCAACACUAACGUCGACGCGAACGCCCCGGUGUACACCCAGAAUGGGGCCGAGAGACAGAGUUACGUCACACAGAGCACGAUGCCGAUUCGGACCAAGUUCUAUCACAACCACACGUCACUGAUGACCAUGAGGGUUACCUGUCACCGUGUAGAGGACGCAGUGCAGCUGGUGGUGGCGGGAUCUUUCAUGGCCGAAGAAGGAGGCGUAUACAGCCUGGAGCGUGAAAGUCCAAGACUGUCACACACAGUCCAGUAUGAGGACGUGUACAGGCUUCUUCAAACUGACGUGUCGUACCUUACUCAACACUACGACUAUAAACUACCACCAUCACGCCCUGGUGAGGAGGCCGAUGUUAGUGAUUCUCACGACAGUGGCAGACAGCGUCGUCAGGCAGACGACAUCUACGUCGAUGUACUCGUCCUCAUAGAGCACCACCUCUACAGCAGGUGGUACAAUAGAAGUACACAGACUAGCGAAACACUACGUCAAGAGGAGACGCUACAAGAAAUACGCCAAUACUAUGGAUAUGUUGUUAAUGGGAUUGACGUCCUAUAUAAAAGGUUUUCCCCCCGAAUGAAUAUUCGCCUGAUUGGUUAUAUGAUAGAGAUGUCCGAAGAGGGGGAAUGGCUUCGCCGUGUCCGUCUGAACGAGUCCCAGGAAUACCAGGAUCUGUACCGUGUGAAUGGUGACAAACUACAGGACGGUGCUCUCCAGCUGAAACAGAACGUCUCACACCUACCAGCCCACGAUCAUCUCAUGAUUUUUACGGCGUAUGAUCUCUACUUCCAAGUUGGCGAUGUAAGAGGGGAUCUGUUAGGUAUCGCGUUCUACGCCACUGUGUGUAACCUGCCGCCCUUCAGCAUCUCCGUGAUAGAAGACAAAGAGGCCCUGAUGUCAGUCAUCUUCACAGCCACACAUGAGCUGGCACAUGGAUUAGGAGUUGACCACGACGGUGACAACAACAACUGCUCCUCUGCCGACAGAUACAUUAUGUCUGAUGGGGUCGGCUACCAACGCACAGAAAACAACACCCAUAAUCCCUAUGACUUCUCCCCAUGCUCGACCCUGAAGUUAACACAUUACAUCAGCGACCAGUUGGACAAAGGCGGCGAGUCGAGGCGGUGUCUGACCCAGUGGAUCCAGGCAAGAAACGUGAGCGAUGUCACCAGAUCUCUGCCAGGACAGGUGUACAGCGCCAACCAGCAGUGCCAGGUAGCACAUGGCGCCCAGUCGCUACUCUGCGUGGGGGCAUAUAACGGCGAUUUGAGCAGAGUGUGUUCCAUGAUGCUGUGCCAGGACCGGGAAAAUCGAUGUAUCGAUACCUUUGCUGCAGACGGCACAGCGUGUGGAGACAACAUGUGGUGCUUGAGCGGCCAUUGCGUUAAUACAACAAUAGACUGUGAAACAUGUGUGUCAACCUCCUCGUCGCUGCCACCGGACAAAAGUUCUUCCUCGUCUUCCCUUUCAUCUUCAUCCACAAACACCCCUACAUCCAUGUCCCCUACACCCACAUCCACAGCCAUGACUACGCCUACAACCACGCCUACGCCCACGAGGACAUCCAUGUCAGUGUCAGUGUUCCCACCCACGUCCACAUCUACAUCCACAUCCACAACCACAUCUACAUCCACAUCCACGUCCACAUCCACAUCCACAUCCACAUCCACAUCCACAUCCACAUCCACAUCCACAUCCACAUCCACAACCGCAUCCACAUCACCAACUUCGUCAUUUCCUUCAGCCUCAUCAACAUCCUCAGGCAUAUCAAGCUGGUUCAGUUUAACGACGCCCGCAAGUACUUCAGUCACGACCAGAAAAACAUUUUCGACGGUGACUGGUACAACGACAACAGAUGUCAAGAUUUAUGAAGGCGAUGUAUCCCCAGUGGUUCUCGGUUCUGCAAUCGGAGGGGUGGGCGUGGCAGUUAUCGUUACCGCCAUAGUCGCUGUCGUCAUCUGUAAGCGCACUCGGCACAGUGAUACUAAAGACAAAACACGCAAUGCCAUAAAGAUGGACGAAGAGGUGUCACAAAGUAAAGGCAUUUCUUGUCUUGUCAAUGUAGAACUUCAAGUAAACCAUAAUGUGCUGUACAAACACACGGAGUACCAGACAGCUUCGUGACAGAAUGUCUUUCUUGGAGAAGUGCUCAACAAUACACGUUUGAUUAUAAUCAAAUGUUUGAUGUUACUCAUCGAUAAUGAACAAGGGAUGAAUAUGUUCAAUUUAUUGCAUCAUGAAAAAUGGAUACGGUAUUUUUUAUGUGUUCAUGACUUGAUUAUGA